CCUAUGAGUGCUCCCACCGCUCCCAUCGCUCCCGCCCCAGUACUAUGUCUUGGACUGUCGGUCGAUGACAAUGCUAAGAUUGGAUUGUACAUGUCGCGCCCUAUUGCCGGAGGAGGAGGGGCCCGAUCGCUGGUCGUCAUCGCCAAGGAGAAGAAUGAGGGCAAGUUGUUUUCUGAGCUGACUCGAGAACAGAAGCAAGAGGUCGUUGACUGGCAGAUCAGCGAGUACAAGUGGCUGAACGACCAACGGCGCCAACGCGUAUACUCGACAGCCUGUAUGGGCGCCCUUGUCAUAUCUAGCAAGUCUCCCACACCGGCUCGGCUCUCUUGCGGUGAAUGUCUAGCGAUACUCAAGCUCGACUCCUUCCGGCGUGCCAUCUCGCGACCAGUUCCCGAGCCCCACAAUUUCAAGUAUGUAAACUUUAUAUACCGCGAUGAAGCUCUAGGCAAAUUAUACGCGAGAAUCACCGGACUACAAGACCUCCUCAACCCGAAAUCGAAGACAUCUACGUCUCCAUUCGUACGCUAUGCUUUAGGGGCCAUCCGUGGAAAGUUCAAGAACGGGCAGGAGCUUCUGGGAGGUAUUCUUGAGGGCUUCAUGACGAUUGAAGACAAGGAACGGCGCGGGGUUGGCAAGCAAGGCUUCAAGUGGUCGGAAAAGUGGGCCCGCAUCUGCCAUGUGAUCGCCAUUGACAGCCCGAAAGCGUACCGUUCCCUAGCACAGUAUCUUCCUGUUCCUGGUUUGCGGGGUCUACAAAUCAAGGCAGCCACCCAGCCAAUGAUUCCGUUCGAGAUCUCUCCGCGUUGCUUGGACAUGACUGUGGACGUUCUGAAGGGAUAUGAUUACCCAGGGCUAGUCUCCCUUUGUGUCGAUGAUACGAAGCUUCUUGCGGCUGUCAGGCUCCAUUACGACCCAUCCACCAAGACAAGUUUCUUGAUCGGAGGUGUGGACGGCCCCAUCGCCGUCGCGGACCCCGACAACAUGCAAACUGCUUUAGAGCUCGCUAAGUCACUGGCUGCUCCAAAGAUGCGUCUGUGGUGCGUGCAAGUCCCGAUGCCAUCAAUCAUGCCACACAUUGUGGCCGCUGUCCCCAUCGCCAACAAACUCAAAGCUCCGGACCUAAACAAGAUGUCGGAAGCUGUUCUCCAAGGCCUACUCGAACGCGAUGUUCCUGUUGUAUCCUACGUACAUGAUGGCACCUCGGUCGAACGUAAGGACCAGCUCAUGUCCUAUAACCACGCGGACUCCUACUGCGACUUCUACGUUCCCGCUCCCACCGGAAAAGGCUCCGAGUACAGUUUGAAGAUCAAAGUCGCAUGUUUUGGAAAGCACCUUGUCACGUUUCCGCAAGAUCACGGACAUGGGCGGAAGACCGCUCGCAACAACCUCUUCAGUGGAGCGAAGAUUAUAGCACUCGGGAACUUCACUGCUCUCUACCGUCGUAUCCAUCAAGUGGCCUUUGAGCCUGACAGCCCGCUCUACCAUCGGGACGUCGAGAAGCUUGAUCGACAGGACGACAAUGCAGCCGCCCGACUCUUCUCUGCGAGCACUCUCAAGUACAUCAUCACACACCAUCCAGAGUACUUGGGAGAGAUCAUCUAUCUGUUCAUCUUUGGCGAGCUCAUCGACGCCUGGCAGAACCGGAAGAUGACGCACACAGAGAGGGUUGUUCCAAUCCUACGUGCGUGGUACUUCAUGAAUAUGUGGCACGUAUUUUUGGAACGCGCCGGCUAUGCACGUGGCCUGUAUUCUUUAUCCCAUGAAGCCUGGGACAUCUUCCGCAUCCUCAUCGAGUCAUAUCUCGCCCUCCUCUUCAUUCAUCGUCACUACAGUGCCUCUCGUGGCUUCCCCUUCCCAUUCUGUCCCUGGCUGCACUCUACCGAAGCAUGUGAACACUCCUUUGGACUCGCUCGUCAAAAUGUCAAAGACUUCACGGCCAUGGACUUCUACUACAUGAUCAAGCACAUCCAGAUCAAGCAGGCCGAGGCGUUUCGACUUGGACAGACCACAGAUCCACAUGCGCGGGCUAGCGGCUACAACCAUACGUACGUCGACUCCCGUGACGUCGAUCUCUGUGCUCUUGCGACAUAUCCCGACGACGACGCAAUCCAGAAGGCCGCGGACGAGGCGUUCGCGGAGGCGGAAUCGCUUGUCGUGCUUCUUGGGAUUGCCCCGAGUGAGGCACAUUUCCCCCGACCUUCGACAUCGACCAGAACCUCUGGGCCCGUUCCGAACUCUCUCAGUGACCUCCUGAACGUACCGCCCUCUGGCCAUCAUGUAUCCUCGGAGGAGAACGUGGUUGACUCGACUGAGGAGCUCGCCACAGCUGACUCUGAAGAGUCGGUGGAUAGCGCCAACGAGCUGCAAGCUGCUCUGGAUCGCGAGGAAAGCGCAGGGACGAACAUGAAGCGCUCAUCUCAAGAAGAGGACGGCGUUGAGAACGUCAUGCUCGCGGCCGUGUCCGUUGCAGUGGAUGACAUGUGCAAGGUGUACGUAUUUCCUCCCGGCAUGGGGAUUGCAGCUACAGCUCCUCUCCCCAAGUAUGUCCCACUAGUCACCUCGAGCUCCCAGUCCAAUCUGCCGCCGCCUGCUCCCCUCCCUUCUCGCUUCCUUCGAGUCUUGAAGCCACAGCAACUCGAACUAAAGCAUCUGGUUGAGCUGCGCGUCCGCCAUCAGACACGGCAAGAGGCAGACGGGGUACGCAUACGAAGCUCGAAGGCCGACUCCGUGCAAAUCGACUCCGACACUGAUAACGGGGGAGGAUCGAUUAGCCCGAAGUCAAUUCGUAGUCAGAUCUUGGCGAAGUACUACCAGGUGUCGCGCGAGCAGCGUAUGGAGCGCGGAGCAGGUACUGGCGUGGAGCGACAAGUGCGGUGGAAGGGUGACAUCGCGUCGGGUCUCACAGGCAACAGCGCGAAUGCGGCCGCCUCCGCUAUUGCGCGAGCG